AUGGAAGAACCGGUUGAAUUAGAAAUUAACAAGAUAAAGAUAGAUUUUAUCUGUUUAUACAAUUAUAUAAAAAUACUAUUUAUUGGCGUAUGCCCGAAGAACCAGAAUGCAUCACUCGCAACUGAUAAAGACAAUGUUCAUAAUUGCAUAGGGACUUUUGUUAUUAAUGUUAAUGAUAGCCUUGAAGAAAUUGAAAAAAAAUGGUUAGCUUUGCCUCCUAUUAAGUAUUAUAAUGCAUAUAAUUCAAUUUAUGCUGAUAAUAUAAUAGUAGUUGCAUUAUACUUAAUAUUACUUAAGGCAUUCCAUGUAAUUGAAGAAAAAUCAGCCCAUGCAUUAAGUAAUUUAAUACCUACAAAUAUACACCCAUUCCUUCAUGAAUAUGUAUUAAGUGGCAAUUUCCUUUAUACGCUACUCCAGAUUGUUUCUGGUAGUUAUAUUAUUAUGGGAUUAAUAGAGCCAGUAUAUUGGAUACUUAGAAAAUCUAAAAAUAUUACCAAAAAGAUAUUAAACCCUAUAUUAUUCGGGUUAUUCGCUGUGGCAUUUGCAUACACUGUUUAUUUAAUUGCUAUGUGGAUGAUUUUUUUAAUCUUAAGAUUAGUUGAAGAUUAUACUAUUAUAUCAAAUAUAAUAGUAUACGGAUAUUUAUUUCUCAAAUCACUUAUAUUAUACGAUCAUAUAUAUAGUGUUUAUAAAAAAAGGCAUUCAAAUAGAUACAUUGGCGAAUACAUUGCUUCUAUAUUAUAUACUAUUUUAUUAAUAAUGAGUAUUGGUGCUGUUAUAUAUACAUAUAGUGAUAAUAUUCUUAAAAUAAUUAAAUAUGUUGUAUACUGA